AUGAACCUUGCAGGUAAUGGAUUGUCUGUGCAGCGUUUCUUGAAUCCCAAAAUGAUAGGGAAGAUAAAACGGAGGGCUCAGGAGAUGAGAAAGCCAAACCGUCUGGUGUGUGGGGUGGAUCUGAGUCACAACGAGAGCACACGCCUGGCCAUGGAUGCUCUUCUGGACACGGGGUUGACCGGAUACCAGGAGAUGUUGAACAAGGAGAACGAAGCCAACUUUCUUUCGGUAGAGGAGAAAGCAUACAUCUUAAACAGUGCCGUUAAGCCCCUCGUUGAAGAUGAAGAAACAGAAGGGUAUGAAGAGAUGUCCAGGUCUCCAUCUGUGUCCUCGUGGACGUACUUUCCUUUGGCCACAGAGAGUGAGCCCCCCGUUCUUGACUAUGGCUGGCCAGUGGCUGACUGGAGUUACCACCUGCAAGGCAUUCCUCGUGUGGAGGUGUUUUUCCAGUCUGUUAAAUCCGCUUCUAUGAAAGACCUGCUACGGGAACUUAUCAGGCAAGCCACUAAAGUAUUGGCAAUAGUCAUGGACACAUUCAGCGAUGUGGAGAUUUUUUGUGAUCUACUGGAAGCAACAAGAAAGCGGAAUGUGUACGUCUAUCUGCUUUUGGACCACACCAAUUUACAGGUGUUUGAGGACAUGUGUGAACAUUUGAAGAUCAACAAGUCACAUCUUACUCGGAUGUCAAUUCGUAGCGUUCAGGGACAAACGUAUUGUGCCAAAUCUGGGAGAAAGUUCACUGGUCAGGUGAAAGAGAAGUUCAUCAUUGUAGACUGCACACAGGCGCUGGUCGGCUCCUACAGUUUCACCUGGCUCUCCUGGCAGGUUCACCGAAGCUUGGCUGUGCUCUUUAAAGGCAGCGGGGUGAAACCCUUUGACCUGGAGUUUCGCACACUAUUUGCCAUUUCUAAACCAGUGCCGGGUCUUUCCUGUCAAACAUCCAGUGCCUCUGAUCCCUACAGCCUCCCACCCUUGGAGCAAACACACACCCUGAUCUGCCCGGCAGGCACCUCAGAGGCUUAUCAUCUCCAGCACAAGCCGAGGAGCCCAAGUUUCCCAAGCAUCCCUACACCUCCUGUACUGGUAAGACGGACCAGCUAUCCAUGCAUCUCAACUGCACCACAAAGAUCUCAGUGGCUUCAACGGAAGAACACGAUCCAUCCCACCAUUCCAUCUCAGUUCUCUCUCUUCCAUGAUUAUAACAUGGGGUCAAAUCUAGAGGCCAGUGCAGAACAGUAGAGAUGCUGAGGCAUCUACUCACUGGUGCUAAUCCAAGAUUUAUAAUUCAAGAUUAAUAACAACCCGUGUGUAAAAUUAAUUAGUAUAAAUACUUUGUAUUAAUUGGUUAUACUAACUUAUAGGUGUGUUUUAUGCUUUGCUAAGCCCCGCCCAACUUUAACAAGUUUCCUGGUGUGAUCCGCCAUAUUACAUACCUUUUGUCUAUGGAAGUGAUUUCUGUUUGCUAACAUUUUACCAAAAAUAAUAAUAUAAAUGAACAUAAUUUGUGUUUAAAGUUU